GCCCCUGGAGCAAACAGGGUUAAAGGUCUUGCUAAAAGGCAGAACUGGGAUUCGAACCCUCAACCUUUGGGUUCUAGCCCGAAGCUCCUCCCACUAGGCCACCACUGUCCCACUCUACACUAGAGGUUAAUGAUGCUGAGAGCAGCAGUGAUGAUGAUCAGCACCACUCUCAGCUACAUGCACACAUUGUGACAUCAUCAUGAUGACAUCACCACACUCCACACCUCUGGUAUAAGUUGCUGCGUUUCAUGUGUUUGUGCUCAUUUGAUCUGAGACGCCGAGACAGUAAGCAGCAUGAACAUGUUCUCCUGUUGGACUCUUCCAUCUGACCAAGACGAGCCGCACAGGCCGGUAAACGAACCGGAGAAGAAGGUAAAGAAGAGAAAAUGGUGGCAGAGACGCCAGAAGGUGGAGAUGCAGGACGUGGAGGGUGAGAAGGGAAACAGGGUAAAGGGUGAAGAGAUGGGGCAAGGAGUGGAGCAGAAGGUUUUAGAGGACCAGGCAGACCAAACACCAAAGAUGGAGAAGCAGCAGGUGGUUAUGGGAAAAAACAAACCUGAGAAGAAGGUAAAGAAGAGAAAAUGGUGGCAGAGACGCCAGAAGGUAGAGAUGCAGGACGUGGAGGGUGAGGAGGGAAACGGGGUAAAGUGUGAAGAGAUGGGGCAAGGAGUGGAGCAGAAGGUUUUAGAGGACCAGGCAGACAAAAUACCAAUGAUGGAGAAGCAGGGGGUUCUGGGAAAAAACAAACCUGAGAAGAAAGUAAAGAAGAGAAAAUGGUGGCAGAGACGCCAGAAGGUAGAGAUGCAGGACGUGGAGGGUGAGAAGGGAAAUGAGGUAAAGGGUGAAGAGAUGGGGCAAGGAGUGGGGCAGAAGGUUUUAGUGGACCAGGCAGACCAAACACCAAAGAUGGAGACGCAGGUGGUUCUGGGAAAAAACAAACCUGAGAAGGUAGAGAUGCAGGUGGCCCCACGGGACCUGGUGGAAGAACCAGAACAGGUCGUUGUAAAGGACCAGAGGAGGAAACCAGUAGACAAGGUGGUUCUGGUUUGUGAGAUUGAGAUGAAGAAGUUAGAGCAGGUGGACCCAGUGGAGCAGGUUGAAGAACCAGAGCAGGUCAUCCUGAAGAACCAGUGGAUGGGACAUGUAAAAAAUAAGAUUCAUUGCAUAGAGAAUGAGAUAAAGAAGGCAGAGGGGCAGGUGGUCCAGCUGAACCUGGUGGAAGAACCAGAACUGGUCAUCCUAAAGGAGCAGGGGAAGGGACAGGUAAAAAAUAGGGUAAGUUUUAUAGAGAAUGAGAUGAAGAAGGAGGAGAGGCAGGUGGACCCGCUAAACCUGGUGGAAGAACCAGAGCUGGUCAUCCUAAAGGAGCAGGGGAAGGGACAGGUAAAAAAUAGGGUUAGUUUUAUAGAGAAUGAGAUGAAGAAGGAGGAGAGGCAGGUGGACCCAGUGAAUAAAACAGACCAGUUCGUGAAGGAGGAGGAGAGGCAGGUGGCCCCGCUGAACCUGGUGAAACAACCAGACCAGGACAUGAAGAAGGAUCCAGCAGCUUUGGAGGACAAAAUAUGGAAACUGAAAGAGCAGAACCUGGAUAGAGGAAGCACUGAAGAUCCACUGAAGAACGUCUCCGAGGUGUCUUCAAACAAACCAGACCCCCAGCAGCUGCAGGACGACGUUCUUGUUCCCAUCGUCGAAGCCCAACCUGAAGAGUCCGGGGCUCUGAUGGAGAGCGCGUGUGAAGAUGAAGGUGUCCCGAUGCCGAAGUCGAGGAGAACCAGCCUGAGAACCAAACGGUUCCAGUUCUUCAACGUCUGAAGCUGAGGUGGUGACGAUCCGGAGAUCAUCCAAUCACACGCCGACUUUUCCAACAUCAAAAUAACAAUAAAGUGCCUUCAUGAA